AUGCAGAAUAACUGCAGUGAGUGUGCGUUGCUGCAGCAGAAUGAAAAUUUGCAACAAGUGGGGGAGAGGGGAGAGCAUGGGAUGGUGGAAGGAGGGAGAGGGGUUAAUAGGUGUCAAGAGAGGCGAGAUGGGGAAGGAGGUGAAGGGAAAGGAAGGGGAGGAGUGGAAGGAGGAGAGGAAGGGGAAAUUGGUUUUAGAGUGCAAGGUGGGGAAGGAGGGGGAGGAGAAGGAGAGGUAGAGGAGAUGGGGAGGAGUAGGGAGCAAGGAAUGGGAGAAGGACUGGGUACAAGUGAAAGGGACUAUUCUAGAAGGGAAGAAGAGAAAGAGGAGGAAAUGGAAGGGAUGGAGGAGGAAGAAGCAGAGGAGGAGGAAGAAGAGGAAGACGAUGAAGACGAGGAAGAGGAAGUGGAGGAGGAAGAGGAGGGGAAGCGAGAAGAGGCUCGGCUGUAUGCGUGCCUAACCCUCGCUAAUCUCUGCCUGCUUCUGGAAGGUUCUCAGGUCAUGCAGGAUAGCGAUGAACAUCCCUUGGCCAACUCUUGUCAUUCCAAUGCGACACAUGGGACUGAUGCGACGGAUGCAACACUUUUUUCUGUGGGAAAGAGUGUUGAAACUUCUCAAAAUGUGGGCAAGCAAGAGAGGGCCUCCUCUUCUUCUUCCCUCACACAAGCACAGCAACACCUCCUCUCCUCCCCCACACUCCCCUCCAUCUCCUCCUUCCUCCUCGCCUCUCACCCCUCCUCCCUCCCCCUCCACCUCAUCUGGACCACCGUCUCUCCGAUCGUACGGCUGCUGCGCUGCCACGUGGCGCCGAUCCGAGGGCUGGGAGCGCUGCUGGCUGCUGCAGUGUGCAAGAGCAGGGGGGGCAAGGAGGAGCACGGAGCUAUGUUCUUCUUAGAAGGGGCUGUGGGGAUUCUGAUGGAAAUGGCGGCUUUUGAGGCGCACCAGAAGAGGGAGGAGGAUGGAGCAAUGGCCAAGCACGGCACUAUGGGCAUAUCAGAGGGGGCUGUGGGGGUAAUGGUGGGAAUAGCAGAGGAGGUUGAGCCUGGUAGGGUGGAGAGAGAGAAGCAGGAGGAGGAGCAGAGGGAGGAGCAGAAGAGAACCCAGUGGGAAAAGAAGAGGGGGAAGAAGAGGCAGGAGGAGAGGGAAGAGCAGGAGGAUCGAGUGCGGGUGAAAGCAGCGGAGUUUGCUCGCCUUGCCCUGGGUUACCUUGAUGUACGGCUGACCAAGCUGCUCACUGUGCCUACCAGAGGCACACCAUCAGCCAUGACUGGGGCCGGUGAGGGGCGUGGGGGGGCCGGUGAGGGGCGUGGGGGGGGCGGUGAGGGGCGUGGGGGGGCCGGUGAGGGGCGUGGGGGGGCCGGUGAGGGGCGUGGCGGGGCCGGUGAGGGGCGUGGCGGGGCCGGUGAGGGCCUUGCCCUGGGCUACAUUGAUGAGUCGGUGAAUAGGCUGCCCACUGCCCCUGGCACAGGCCACCCCUCAGGCAUGCCCUGCCGCGAAGUUCCUUGUGGGGCUGGUGAGGGGAGUGGUGGGACCGGGGACAGGACCAGCGCGGACUGCCCCCCUAUUGACCCGUGCGGCCAUGCUGUUGCCUGCCCCUCCUGCCUCCUCUGCCUCCUCUCCCGGAAGCAGCCCUGCCCCAUCUGCCGCUCUGCCAUUGGUUGA